GUUAAAGGGGGUAAAUUAAGGCUUCAACGACACGCUUGUUUAACCGAAAGGUAAGUUUUUGGGGGCUGUUUAUGCGCGAUCGUGGUUCCUAGCGGCGCCGAGAGGUACGGCAGCUCGGCCGCGGCCCAUUACGUAGCGCCGGGUGCACGACACUGCUGUGGUGCGCUGGGAGUGGGGAGCACGGCGAGGAAAAAGCUUGCGAGAGAAAGGAGGGAGAGGAGAGGAAGGGGAAGAAAGGAAGAGGAGAAGGGAAGGGAAGCGAGACGGAGCGAGGAGCGCACCGAAACCCCCCAAAGCUGCCUGCUCGGACAGUGGCGGCAUUUUUUCUCUGAUUUCCAAAAUCCUGGUAUCGGUUUCCUUCAUGCAUUUCGUUUUAUUUUUGACAAAUCUUCCAGUUUUAGUGCAUGCGUCGGGGAGCGUUUAGCCGAUCGUUUGCUUGCUCGCUGCUGCUAGCAAGUUAGUUAGAUCGCACCGAGGGAGCGACUGGAAGCGGGGCCCGGCUUUAAGCGUGCCGAGUUUUAUUUAAAAUCCGCUCCAGUCUUUUAUUUACUCGUAUCCCCCCCUUUUUUUCCUCCACGUCGUUCUCGGUAGCUAGCUAAUCAGCUAAGUACAUGCAUUACGGCCAGCUGGCUGGGUAAGAACAGCGUGUAUGUGUUUUUUUCCGGGGUGUUCAUUUUUAUUUUAGUGUCUAACUCGGUGGGAGGGAAAUAUCCAGGUACGGAUGGGUUUGCAUGCAGCUAUCGUAAGCCGCUUGUGUUAUUAGCAUUUUUUUUGCAGCACUUAAUAUUUUUUAUAAUCACUGUGAUUUGUGCACAACGAAACAGCGGAGAAAAAAAACCCCCCAAGUGCCCCGGCGACUGUGUGUCAUUAGCCUGCCGCGGUGCCCCCGAAAGGAUCGCUCCUGCUUUUCUUCCAUUUUCCAAAGCAGAAGCAGCGCACUGUUUUGAAGGACCACUUUGAACACGCCGUCCCAAAGUCUUUUGUCGCUUGGCUUUAGCCAGCUGCCGUUUUUAGUUUCAGUUUCUAAUGCACCCUUAAUUUCUCGGCGUGUGGAUGCUUUACCCCCCCUCCUCCAUGUACUUAGCUGUGCAAAAAAAAAAACUGCGUGAAAGACGAGCUUUGUGCUAGCUUCUUGGCUAGUCCGCCUUUUCGUGGCUGAUUUCUUUUUAUUUUUGGGGGAAAAGCUUUUUUUUCUCCAACUGUACGCGCAAGAUUUUUCCCCCUUAAACGUAUAUCUUUGUCUAUUUAGAGCUGCCUCGCGAGCAGCACCAUUUGAUCUCACUGGCUCUGUUAGAGUAAUUUAUAAUUCAGUAGGGCCGAGGUGUCUCUGUUGGGAUUUUUUUUCCUCCUUCCCUUCCUCGCAUUUGUUUUUUUUUAUACUGGGGUUUUUUCGCGGAGAAGACGGCGAGGCUUCCCUGAAAGUAUGGAUGAACAGACCCGUAUGCUAGCGGGUCUCCCUGGACUCGGCGGAUUAUCGCAGACUGACGUGGGCGACCCGGACUCGGUCCGGAAGCAGCAGCAGCCCCUCGGCCAGCCCCAGCAAGACAUCGGGGACAUCCUCCAGCAGAUCAUGGCCAUCACGGACGAAAGCCUAGACGAGGCACAGGCCAGAUGCUGGCCAGCAGAGGCGCCGGCGCGCUGGGCCGCAGCGGAUGACCCCGCACAGGGUGGGGAAGCUGGGGGGGGCACGGCGGGGACUGCCCUGCCGCUCAACUUCCAGCACAGGAAGCACGCCCUGAACUGCCACCGGAUGAAACCGGCCCUCUUCAGUGUCCUAUGCGAGAUCAAGGAGAAGACAGUGUUGAGUAUCCGCGGUGUGCAAGAGGAGGACCCCCCCGACCCACAGAUCAUGCGUCUGGACAAUAUGCUGCUGGCGGAGGGGGUGUCCGGCCCGGAGAAGGGUGGGGGCUCGGCAGCGGCAGCAGCAGCGGCGGCGGCAGCGGGGGGGUCACCCAACGAUGGCAGUAUCGAGCACUCAGACUACCGGGCUAAGCUGGCCCAGAUCCGGCAGAUCUACCACUCUGAGCUGGAGAAGUACGAGCAGGCCUGCAGCGAGUUCACCAACCAUGUGAUGAAUCUGCUGCGGGAGCAGUCGCGCACACGGCCAAUCUCGCCGAAGGAGAUCGAGCGCAUGGUGGCCAUCAUCCACCGCAAAUUCAGCUCCAUUCAGAUGCAGCUGAAACAGAGCACCUGCGAGGCCGUCAUGAUCCUGCGCUCGCGUUUCCUGGACGCCAGGCGUAAGCGGCGUAACUUCAACAAGCAGGCCACGGAGGUGCUCAACGAGUACUUCUACUCGCACCUGUCGAACCCCUACCCUAGCGAGGAGGCCAAAGAGGAGCUGGCCAAGAAGUGCGGCAUCACCGUCUCUCAGGUCUCUAACUGGUUUGGCAACAAGAGAAUUCGGUACAAGAAGAACAUCGGUAAGUUCCAGGAGGAGGCCAACCUGUACGCCGUAAAAACCGCAGUGGAUGCGGCCAAUGUCUCGGCCCAGGCUAGCCAGGCUAACUCUCCAGCAACACCCAACUCAGGUGGAUAUCCUGCACCCUGCUACACACCUGAUGGGCGGCUAUGAAAAGCUGUCGGGGAGCGUCCUCCACCCCACACACGCCUGGACGCCAACAGCAGCUGGCAGGACAGUAACGACCCCCUACUCAGUCUCACAUCUUCACCUGCGGCUCCGAGCAGCAACCACUCCAGUACCUCCACCCCCCCAAGUCCCGCCCCUCCCUCCCCAUUCGUCGUUAACUUUAACCACUCCCACUGAUGCUGUAGUUCCCCCUCCAUAUUCCCUCUAUCCUUGGACUGCAUGCUAUGAUUUUUUUUUUUUUCCCCUCCGUCUCUUGUGCACGCAGGCACGCAUACACAACAUGCACAUUUCAGCAGGGCGCAUGCAGGUCGAUGCCCACGGACAUGCUAAUGGACACAUGCGUGCAGGACUACUGCCAGGAGGAUGGGAGGCUUCGCCCAAAUGGGGAGGAGCUUCCUGGUUAUUGGCCACAGUGUCAGGAGGCUCCGCCCACAUAGGGAGGAGCUCCCUGAGACCAGGAGAGGUGGCGUCUGAAUGGGAGAACUCGACACACAAAUGGACCUGGCCUGGACACCUGAUUGGUGCUUGUAAAUACAUAUCGUAAUCUUACGCAGUGUUAACAUUCACGUUGACCUCUGCCCUCAUAGCGGAGCCAAGCCGGCUGGGUUUUUUUUUGUCGUUUCUUUCGGUUUUGCAAAUAUCCGUGUGCGUGCGCGUGUGUUGUCGUGAUUCAAAGUUGUGCCGGUGCGUGUUCAGAAAGAAAAAAAAAAAAAAAGUGAAAACAAUUUCCCUGUCCUGUCACCAGCGCUCACUGGUAACCACGGUAACACAAUCCAGAUCUCGCUGGGAGCUGUGCUCCGCCUGUACAUACCAAAGUGCUGUCCCAGGUACUGUCCGUCCGCCCGUACGGGUCCGUGCCGGGAAGCUGCCGGCUUUGGAUUUUAGACCCUGGGCGUGGGCUCAUCUGUCUUGUGGCCCCCCCCACCCCACCCCCCCCCACAUCCCAUUGACAGCUCUAUCUGUGCAGCCUAGCAGACCAAGUGCUUUAACCACAGGCAAGAUGCCCCGUAGACAGACUGCAUAGAUGAGGGUUUGCCCCAGGCGCCUGCGCUCGGAGAGACCGAGAGGUUUGCGACCUCACAGGAAGUCGCAGGCGGUUAUAGGUGAGAGGUAGCGAUCGGGCGGAGGCCAGAUGGAGGCUGCCAGGCCCAGUCAUUAUUUAAAGGACAGGUGGAGGUGUCUUCGAAGGGCGAAUUGGCGGUGCUGCGUGACAGUGGAGGUCAUUUGGCAUACGGAGAAGGGUGGAGGCGUUGACGAGCUGUAGGAUGCAUAUGUACAUUGGCUUUCUGCUCAUAAUUUUCAGAGACUUCUAGUUUUUGUUUUAAAAGUGUUUUUUAUUCAUAUUUUUCACCCAUUUCCUUGGGGGGAAAAAAUUAGUGAAAUUAUAGCCUUUUUUCUUUUAUUUUUCCUAACGCUGUUUCACAAAGAAAGCACCAGCCACCAAAUAAAGAAAAUGUACUUGUUGCUACAGAACAGGAAUUACGUAUGUUUUGGGGGUGAAGUUAUUAAACUAAAAAAAAAAAAAAAACACAAAAAAAUAAAUAAAAAUGUGACUGUCUUCCAUGCAUGUAGGGCUUUUAAGAAGUUUUAGUGAUUUUUUUUUUUAAUUCUAAUUUCUAAUUUUUAAUUUUAUGAAGAGGGGGAAAAAAUACAAAAAUGUAGUAACUGAAUACAAUGACCAAAAAUGAGUGUGUUCACGCUGUUGAGGACAUGCGCUCGAAUGGUUCUUGGCCUGUUGGCCUCCUGAACCAUUUCCAUUCAUCAUUCAACUGUUCUGUCUUCCAACCUCAAGGGGGCAGCAUCUAGACUCAGAAACCAUUCAUGGGCUCCAGGUACCGUUACUCAAUCCCUGUACUCGGAGGCUGUAGGAAUAGGAGGAACGAGGAAACAUUAAGACUAGUACUCUGUCAUUUUAAACCAAAAAUAGUAUUAUAAUGUAAUGACUAUGGCAGUUGGCUGAGAGAAGGUGCGACGUGUCCGAUGUAUACUUUGUGUCUUCGUUUGCAUCCUGUAAUUUUUUUUAUUUUUUCCCGCCUGUGAGUGUUUUGUAUCAUUAGGGGGAGGGAUGUGCAUUUCCUUCGCAUAGGAAGCGCACAUGCGCGUGUUGGAUAGGAAGCGGCGGCACGCAAUCCCUGCCAGUGAGUCUCACCACUCGAUACAGGAGCUCUUGGGCUCAGAAUUAACCAAAAACCGUUUGGGUAAACCGCAGCUGGGGGACCGUUAACAGAGAGCGGAAAGGAAACCGGGUCGCUUUGCGUUCUCGUCUGUCCACUUAACUGUUCGAUUAAAGGUGAAAACGUUGGAUUAUACCAUUUUUAUGAAUGGUUAUGUGGAACAUGCAAGACAUGGAAUGCAAUCUUGUUGAUGUUGAGUUAGGGUUUAUCUAAUGUAUGUUUAAAAAACGAAAUGUCAGAACAUGGUAGUUUCCCUCUUUAUGAUUAAUGUAACGUUAUUACUUGUUAUUACUGCAAGUUGUUACUUUUUGUAUUUCUCACUACUUGUUUAUGGUGUCAUUUUAUUUUUAAUAAUUGUUUGGUCGCUUUUUCUGUCUGGCUGUUGGUUUGACAUGAUCAAAUGUUUCUUUUUCUGAGUUUGUUUAAAAAAAAAUUAACUUUGAGUUCCCCCAUCCCCCCCCCUCCCUUUCUCUUUGUCUAACAGUGUUUCUCAACCCUGUCCUCAGGGACCCCCAGACAGACAUUUUUGCUCCCUCUAGCUAGCUGAGAGGGAGCAAAAAAACGUGGAAUCUCCGGGUCCUCAAGGACCAGCUUCAGAAAGACACUAACAAACCCCCAUGUGACUCAGCCCGCGUCCCCCAUUUAAACAUCCCGUAUCAGUGUGGUUCUGGGCCGCGUUUACCCCCCCCCCCCCCCCCUCACUUGAGGCUCUUGGAGCUCUAGUCGAUCGACCCAAGUGCUGUUUUCCUCCACCCUCAGAGGCAUGACCUUUAACCCAGCACCACCUUCCAAAAUGUUCUUCAGAAACUUUAUUCCUCCACCUGUCCCGUACCUGUAUGCAUACUUCCAGCACUCAAGUCUUGGAAGAUGUAUUUUUUUUGAUGAUGAUUUGGGCUAAAUUUGCCCCACCCUCCCAUACUGUGGAAGUUUGGUGUAUUCCUGUGGGUUGCUGCUUGCUACUCAUUGUCAAAGGAACAGCUGAGGAAAGGGCCCACCACCUUUGUGUAUAACCGCACAUUUAAGUUCCCUCACUAUCCGCAAUCACGGGCCGUACCAAAGUAAAAAAAAAAUAAAUAAAAAAAAAAAA